AUGCCGAGUUCUCUGCAAAAGCGUGCGGGCAACCGCGCGCUCAGGACGAACCCACCCAACGCCAACAUCCAUCUUGGCCGGUGGGGUAGUGAUUGGGGCUAUGUUGUCUUCUGUGUCAUGGCGGCGUCGCUCAUCGGUCUCCUCAUCUGGUCCACCAAACUCGCUCGAAACCGCCGAACGUUCCACUACCUGUUCAUACCCGUGCUCGCCAUCUCGUCUGUGGCGUGGUACUCGAUGGCCAGCGAUCUCGGUGCAACUCCUGUCACAGUUCAGUUCCGCCACAAUAGCCCGCUUGGUCCCGGCUCGCGCUAUCCGACGCGCCAGAUCUGGUUCGCACGCUACAUCGACUGGACACUCACCACGUCGCUUCUCCUACUCAGCCUGCUGCUCAUCACCGCACUUCCGCUUUCGGUCAUUUUUAUCACGCUCUUCUUCAACGUCUUGAUGAUUGUCUGCGGCCUCCUAGGUGCGCUGACUCCGACGCGAUACAAGUGGGCCUACUUUGUAAGUGCCAUGCCCAACAUCAUAGCGGUGCCAAAGAUCAUCGCGCUAACUCUAGUCUCGUCUGCAACGUCUGCUAGGUGUUUGCAUGCGCUGCACUCGGCUACGUUUUGUAUCACAUCUUUGCAUCGGGUCUACGCUCGGCUAGACGGCUCGGAGGGCUUUGGAAGGGCGUACCUGACGGGCGCAUCUCUGCUUGCUGUGAUCUGGCCCAUGUAUGCGAUUUGCUGGGGUCUCAGCGAAGGCGGAAACGUCAUCGGCGUCAGCGAAGAGUUCAUCUUCUAUGGCCUUUUGGACAUUGUUUCGAAGCCGUUGUUUGUGUUCCUCCUGCUUGGGAUGCUGCGUGACUGCGACUACGGUGCACUGCGACUUCGAUCAGGCAAGAUCACCGAGUCAAGGAUCGAAGAACGCGACCGCGACCAUGCACCCGAGACGCGCCAGCCCGAGCAAGCAAAGGCUUUCGAAGGACCCACACAGCCUGGCGCCGAAAGCGGCCUUGCACCAGCUGAUAAUCAGUAUCCGGCCUCUCAGCAUCGUCCACUCUCGCACACCUCGACCCGGCCCGAACCGACGGGCUACCUCAUCGACCAGAACUUUCCGUUCGAAGAACCCGAAGAUAAGGACAUUGUCUACAUUGGUAGCAACGUCAACCUCCCUAUCAGCCUCGUCACCUUCAGUAUCAAUGAUACUCGCACGGACGAGGAAGUGGCUGCAGACAAAGAGUACCUCCUGCGUCACAAUGACAUGACCUAUACCAAGAUUGUUUCGGACGCCCAAAUCCUUGAGGACUUCUACGUAAAAGCCAUCAACCUCCUUGUCCAUGCAUAUGAUCACGCUGACUUCGAUAAGCUCAAGGAGAUCUGCCGCUACCUCAAGCACCGCCAAUUUGACUACUGGCCCGCUCAGGGCCUCACCUUCACCAAGAUUAGCGAGACACUUGCUGUGAAGCUUGCUGAAGCAUUUGCUUAG